GUGACGCUGUCGCUGGCGGCAGCCAAUGAGCGCGUCCGGGAGGCGAUUUUGAAUCGUCGGAGCGAGCGGUGGGCGCCGAGCGGAGCGGAGCGGGGCCGCUGCCAUGAGGAAGAGUGAGGUGCUGGCGGCCGAGGCCGUGUCGUGCUUGAACCGAGCCAUGGCGGCGCUGCGGGACAUCUGGGAGGAGAUCGGGAUCCCCGAGGAGCAGCGCCUGGAGCGCACCGACGUCGUCAAGAAGCACAUCAAGGGUCUCCUGGACAUGAUGGUCGCGGAGGAGGAGAGCCUGAAGGACCGUCUCUUGAAGAGCAUUGCCCUGUGUCGGAAGGAGCUUGACAUCCUCUGCAGGGAGCUCCAGCUGGACCCCUUUGAGGCAGAGGAAGGGUGUACCAUUCUGCAGAUGGAGAAGAAUUUGCGCACCCGUGUGGAAGUGAUGUUAAAGCAGAAAAGGGACAGGAAGCAGGAGCUGAAAACCCUGCAAGAACAAGAUCGAGACUUGUGUGACAUCCUUUGCACAACCCCGUUCUGCAUCGACAGCAAUGCCGUGCCCAGCCUGGAGGACCUGGAUCGUUACAGGCGCCACUUGGCCUCCCUGACUGCCGAGAAGGAGCAAAGGCGAGAAGAGUUUGUCAGCAGCAAGCGGCAAAUCAUCCUCCUCAUGGAGGAGCUGGACCACACUCCAGACACAAGCUUUGAGCGGGACGUGGUGUGCGAGGACGAGGAAGCCUUCUGUUUGUCCACAGACAACAUUGCUGCCCUCCAUAAUCUGCUGCAGCAGCUGGAAGCCCAGCGAUCCGUGAACGAAGCCGUGUGCACAGAGCUGCGCUCCAGAAUCCUCGCGCUUUGGGAAAGGCUGCAGGUUCCUCUGGAGGAGAGAGAGUCUUCUGCGGUGCACAUGACUGGGUCCAGAGCCAAAACCAGGAAGGCUCUGCAGUUGGAAGUGGACUGUCUGGAGGAGCUGAAGCUGCAGAACAUGAAAUCUGUGAUUCAGGCCAUCCGGGCAGAGCUGGCUGACUACUGGGACAAGUGCUUCUACAGUCAGGAGCAGAGGGAAGGCUUCAGCCCCUAUUACGAUGAGGACUAUACAGAGACCCUGCUCGAGCUCCACGAUGCUGAGGUGGGGAAGAUGAAGAGCUACUAUGAAACACACAAAGAUCUGUUUGAGGCUGUCCGGAAAUGGGAGGAGAACUGGAAGCUGUUCCUGGAGCUGGAGAGGAAAGCAACUGACCCCAGUCGCUUCGCCAACCGUGGGGGGAAUCUGCUGAAAGAAGAGAAGCAGCGAGCAAAGCUGCAGAAGACACUUUCCAAGCUGCAGGAGGAGCUGGAGAGCAGGGUCCAGGCCUGGGAGCAGGAACAUGAGGGGACCUUCCUGGUGAAGGGGCAGCAGUUCAUGGAGUAUGUGACAGAGCAGUGGCAGCUGUACCGCCUGGAGAAAGAGAAGGAGAAGCAGGAGCGGCACCUGAAGAAAAGUCGCCAGAUUGAGACAGAGAUGAUGUACGGAAGCACCCCGCGGACACCCAUCAAGCGGCGAGUGCUCGGCUCCCACACACCUGGCAAAGUAAGGAAGCUCAAUGGCACUUCCAUCUCCAGCGCCACACCCAACAGCACCGUUCGUUCAGCUUUUGGGGGAACCAUCUACCACUCGCCAACAUCUCGGCUACCGCCUUCCGGAGGGAAGCUUGGCCAGGCUCGGACCCCCAGCCGCGUGGCUGUGAAGCCCCACCGUCCUGGAUACAGGGAGAGGAACAAGGAGAACAUGUCCCAGCUGAACGGAACCACCCUGAGCGGUGGGUGCACCCCCACAGUCCCUGCCCAGCGUAACCACAGCGUUAAUUCUGUUGCCAGCACCUAUUCUGAGUUUGCGCGCGAACUUUCAAAGGCUUCCAGGUCUGACAGUAUCUCCCGCGUCCUGAACUCGACCACCACCCACGCCUUCUGCUGAGGCGCUGCCUGCCAGGCUCCAGCUGCUCAGUCGUAGUGAGUCGCGGCUCCGGCAGAGCGUUACGCAGCUCCCCCCCACCCAAAGUGUCCGUGCUCCAGGGUUAACUUUUACCUGGGUCCCAGGCGUUACUGGGGCCAGCAUUGGCCCACUGUGGGUUGGGGUGGGGGUCCUGCCUGCCAGGGUAGGGUGUGAAAGGGGCACUUUUAAAAACUUGCUUUUUAUUUGGGAAAUUCUUGCAAAUGUUUGUGAUUAAAGAUUUGAGUAUAUGGUUGCGUUAGGCUAGUGCAGGGGUGGGUGCUGGCUCCUGCCGCAGCUUGGCUGGCGGGGGCGAGCGUCGGUGAGCGGGGGCUCUGCCUCGCUGAGCAUGCUCUGGGACAGACAGAACCUAGUUGAGAGAACUGGCUUCAGUGCCUUUUGUUACAGGCUUUUCCUCCCUCCAUUUCUGUAGCUAUUGUACAUCAGCAUCUUCCUUUCUCAACAUCACAGCAGGCUUGUCUUGGGGGGGCUUUAGCUGAGGUUCCCUUAGCAGGCUUUGCCUGACCCCGGAGCACUGGGCUCACCCCUGCUCCAGGCUGGGUGCAGUGCUGAGGGUCUUGGCUCUCCCACAGCGGCUGUGAGGACGGGGUUCUCUGGAGGGGAGCAGCGGGGCUGGGGGUCCCCGGGAGGGAGCAGCAGGGCACUUCACAGGAGGCAAGCCUGACCAGCCAUCCCCCUCGGGCCCUGAGAGCUGUACAAGUUGUACCCUGCUGCUUCCUCUGCCCUGUCCCCAAGCCGUGGCAGGGCAGAGCCUAUGCAUUGCUAGCAAGGAAGCAACCUACACUCGGACAAGGCCUGCUCCCUGCCAUCGGCAAGGAGGGCAGCUUGUCCCACCGCCAGGCCCUGCUCCGCACCGUCCAGCGCUGCCCUUCCUCCCACUUGGCUCCAGCAGAGGACAUCGAGCAGAGUGCUUUGGGGGUAUGCCACAGCCCUGGUCCCGGCUCGGGGGACCUGUUUGCACCUUUGUUAACGAAGCUCUGCAUGUAUGUGUCUGUCCCUGAUCAUGACUAAUUUGCACCUUGUUAUCACUACAAUCCCCCACUUGCUGUUAUUUAUUCUCCAGGUUCCGUCUCUUUGCUCUGUACAUACUGUUCAUGGGAAUAAUACAUAUCUUUGUACAUA